AUGGCUGCAGAAGCAACAGAAACCACAGAUACCUUAUCGCUCGGGAUGAUACUGGUAGACAAAGACGAAGAAUGGAAAGGCCAAAGGAGUGCAAUGGGGGGUCUGUUCCCAUUCACAAUUUCCUUCCUGUUGGGCUUAGGAGAACCCUACCCAGGAGACCUGCCAUCAGCAAAUUGGGAGAGUCCAUAUUACGGAGGACAAUUUAAUGCCACUCAUACCUUAAAUAACAAAUAUCUCAUCAGUGAUGACUUGAGACCAGAAGAAGACUGGGUUAACAUACUGACCGACCUCCUGUUGAACCCAGAUUUUGACUUGGUCCGGUGGUAUACAAGGAAGAGUGGGCAACAGAUUGGCUGGACAAAGCGGGAAUGGCAAAACUACUGCAAAUUCUCUCGCACAACUCUGCGAAUGAGAGACCCAAUCAGUCGAAGAGCCACUCGUCUUUUAAACAAAGGGGCUCCUUACUUUGGAGAGAGUUUGACUCAAUAUGCAAGUGAAGACCGGUUCCUGUUGACAACUCAGUCAGUUGAUGGGAUACCCUCAUGGUAUAUAGUAAACGAUAGACACCUUAUGUUCCAAGUAAUUACCUUGCGGGACUUAUUGAGGAAACUGCAGUUUGAUGUAGUAAACUGGUAUGAUAAAACUGUUGAGAGGAGUCUUCAGACUUUGUGCGACAAAUUGCUCAGCGACAGAGAAGAAUCGGCAGUCCUGAAUUGGUUGUAUCAGGAGCCAGAAAUAAUUAGUUAA